GAAAGAGCGUGACUAGGUUGUCUCCUGAACCACAUAAACCCUCAGUAUUCCGCCUGUCUCGCAACAAGUACAGACAUUUGCGCUAUCGUCCUGUUCGUAUACGUCUCUGCUUUUCCGAGACAGUAUGGAUAAUAUCAUAUUUGAAGACCCUUCGAAACGCGUAUCACGCAAGAAUAAAGUUGGCUCUAACGUUGCUCUACCUGUCGCAAGAUGUGACAUGGCGAUCGAGCAAGCACCACAACCGAUCGAUCCUUAUUUCAGUCACGAUACCAAUUUUAAUGUAUAUAUCCAUGGCAAGGAGCCGGUAUCCUUGUUCGAUAUGUUCUCGUUAUCGGGCGACGAGGAAUUGGGAAACGAGGACCUGACAAACGAGUCACCACAAGCUUUAUCACAGGGGAACAUUAACGGCCAGCGGGAAUGGUCUGUAUCUGUAUCUCGCGAACCAGCUGAGGAAGUUAUUCCCAUCGACCCAGCAAUACUCGGAAAAGAAAGCGUGAGCGAGAAAAAUGCGGAUGAGAAUGUUGCGCUUGACUGCUCUGGCUCAUCGUAUCCUACGUCGCCGAAAUCACUAGCGCUACAUAGACAUGCUCAGAUUGUCGAGGAUUCCGCACCUGUUUCUGACGCAAACUCAGAUACACGGCGGUUACCAUCGAAAAGGCGACUGGCGAUGAAAUUAAUUGCGACACCCCCCGCAAACGAUGCAGAAUCCAGGAAGGGUAAAUCAUGGGAACCCGAUGAGAUCAAGCUUCUCGUGCAGUUGAAGGAAGCUGGCUCGCCGUGGUCUGUGAUAGCGAAGAGGUUCCAAGAACGUUUCCCGGGGAGGUCGAAAGGCAGUAUUCAGGUCUAUUGGAGCACGAAGUUGCAAUAUUUGCAUUGA